UCUCUUUGCUGUCGCAUCAAAGCCACGUGAGACAAUCAUGGAUAAGCCAGUAGUUUUAGCUCGUGUUAUUAAGGUCCUAGGCCGAACUGGCUCACAAGGACAAUGUACGCAAGUAAAAGUCGAGUUCCUUGGUGAACAAAAUCGACAAAUUAUCAGGAAUGUAAAAGGACCGGUACGAGAAGGUGAUCUCCUAACCUUACUGGAAUCGGAACGUGAAGCAAGAAGACUUCGAUAAAUACAUAAAAAGAAUUUAUCACCAGCACCUUGGAACUUUCACCAGUGUCUGGAAUUCAACAAUACUGUUCAUUCCAUUAACAAAAAUGGGGAUCAUACAACUAUUCCAAUAGCACGAGCAAACUCAGUUCAAAACAACCAUGUGAAUAAUGUCUACAACUUCUAUAAUAAAUA